AUGCUGCGCACGGACCAGCUGCGCACGGACCAACGCGCACAGCCUGCCCUUAUCUCCCCAUCAACCGGCGUUCUCUCUCGGAACCCACACACUCACACUUUCCUUUCCCAUAGGUCGGGUGGUGCGCACCCCUACGGUACAUUACGAUACUACGCGCACCUCCCCGUCCUCCCCCCAUCCAUCGUGGCUGCCUGCCAAGGCCAGAUCCACGCAUUCGACUCUCAGGACCUCAUCGACGUCUAUAUUCCAGACGGCCCUGAGACUAUCCUCUAUCGUUGCGAGCAGCAGCCGUGCCCCAAUCGGACACCCCGAUCGAUCGAGGAGGAUUACCCUCGCUACAAAGCAAUCCGACGGGCUCAACACCCCCUCGGUCCCCGCAGCACCCUCGCGUCUCGAUCUGCCUCGCGGCAUUCUCGCCCUGUCUCCCCCAGCUCCCGUCUCCCUCAAACUGUCGUCGCUGAUCCAGGUCAAGCGCGAGGAGAUCUCCCUCCAGACCCUGCGCCAGAGCCUGAGCCUGAGGAGAGUGUGAGUGAAGAAGGAGUCUCGGAGUCCGAGUCCGUGGAUCCUGCUCGGCCCGCCUCGCUGACAGCGCUCGCCCCCGCGUCAGCAGUCCCUGAC